GGGCGAUGGAUCGAACGCUGGUUUCGCUCACCAAACGGGUCAAACUCUGUUUUCCCUCAUCAAUGGCAGUGGCGAAUUCCCGUCUCCGCCGCCAUUGAGCCAUCGCCCCCUCCCUCCCCUUCUCUCUCUUCUGUCUCCACUGCCAACAGCCUUCCCGACUUCCUCUCGUCGCCGGCGAUGGACAUGGCGAUUGACUCCGCCCCAAACGGCGACGCCUCCCCCGCUGCUGCCCCCGCGGCUCAAGCGGCGCCUACUUCCACCGCCCGGCUCGCGCAGCUCGCCGAGUCCCUCAAAUUGGAGCACCAGCUCGUUAGGGUUCCCCUGGAGCAUCUCAAGAAGACGAUCCGCUUCGACUACCGCCUCGCCGAGAGGGAGUUCACCGCCGUCCUCAGCAGUGUCGCUGAGGCGGCUGACUCAUUGGAUUCCAGCUCUGUUGAUGAAACUCUUAAACAACUCAGCUCCCUCGUCACCCGCCUCCAGGGCCUAAAGCGCAAGCUGGAAGAGGGAGGUAAGCUAGAGAAUCUGCAGGUGCAAAGAUGCCGUGCUCGGUUGGAGCAUCUACGUUCGGUUGCAGAUGCAGAUAAAUUGGAUGAUUGGAAGGAUGCCAGGUUGAAUCGGAUACUAGUUGAUUAUUUGCUGAGAAUGUCUUACUAUGAUUCUGCUCAGAAGCUUGCAGAGACGGGAAACAUUCAGGAACUUGUGGAUCUUGAUGUCUUUAUUGAGGCAAAGAGAGUUAUUGAAUCUCUCCGGAACAAGGAUGUAGUUCCUGCUUUAAUAUGGUGUGCAGAGAACAAAGCCAGGCUGAAGAAGUCAAAGAGUAAGCUUGAGUUUCAAUUGAGGCUUCAGGAGUUUAUAGAACUAGUGAGGGCUAAUGAGCAUAUGAAAGCUAUUUUCUAUGCCCGAAGAUAUCUUGCACCCUGGGCAGCUACAAAUAUGAAGGAAAUGCAGCGUGUUGUGACAACAUUGGCUUUUAGGCACAAUACUGAAUGUUCAGUGUAUAAGGUCUUAUUCGAGCCCACACAAUGGGACUAUCUGGUGGAGCAGUUCAAGCAGGAAUUCUGUAGAUUAUUUGGCAUGACUAAUGAACCUCUGUUGAAUAUAUAUCUCCAAGCCGGCUUGACAGCCCUUAAGACGCCACUUUGUUACAAAGAGGCUUGCAGCAAAGAAGAUCCAUUAUCCCAAGAAGGCUUCCGCAAAUUGGCAGAACCAUUACCGUUCUCGAAAUUUCACCAUUCAAAAUUAGUUUGCUACAUUUCGAAGAAGUUGAUGGAUCAUGAAAAUCCACCGCUGGUUUUACCAAACGGCCAUGUGUACAGUACUAAGGCUCUUGAAGAAAUGGCCCAACAAAACGACGGCAAAAUAACCUGUCCGAGGACAGGUGAGGUUUGCAACUUCAACGAACUCGUGAAGGCCUUCAUUUCAUGAAUUUGUGGAGCACUCUACCUUUGGACUGGGACCAAUUGUUCCAGUUAUGUAACUUAUGUUGUCCCCUUGUAAAGAUAAUCUGAAGCUAGCUUCACCAAGAUGGCGAACCAGCAACUCAAGUGUAGACUAUGUUUCAAGAAAACUGUGACGAGCAUAUAUAUGUAAUAUAUACCUUUAUAUGCUUUUCGUUCUUUCGUUUCA